AGCUUUGACUGUCAAUACAAAGAGCACAAUAGAAGAGAUGGAACACAGUCAUCCCGACAUUUCAGAAACGGACGUGAGUGGCGUUGAUUUUGAUUCCGAAAGCUGUUUUUUGUUUAUUCCUGAAGAAUACAUAAACGUGUGGCAUAACAGAUUGAACCACAAGACGCACUCUUCUGCCCUGAACAUGUACAGGCUCAUCGCAUCACUAUGGACAGAGUCUGAGGUCAUAAAUCUUCAGAUUCGUUUGGUGUCGGAGAGCAAGAUGGCAAAGCGCCAACGAAAGCAGACCAAAACCAAUCAGGGAAGGAUAUUCCAACUGUGGGCAGAUUUUCAAACUGGAACUCUAUCAGCUAGGCAAUUUUUAAGAGGGCGUGCCAAUGUCUACGGGCAUGCACCAGAUGGCCAUUAGGCUAGUAUGUAGUGCUAUAGACUAAAACUCAACACAGGGGUAUGCGGGCUGCGCCUUAGGACCUGAACGAUCCUACCCCGGGAUAUGAUGCAUAGUUCAAAUGUAACAUACUGUUUGUGUAAAGAGUAUAACCUUAAAUGCCUAUAGUGCUGUAGACUAAGCUGGGGCCGGUCUAGCGCUCUAGGCCAAGCACCCUGGCCUAGGUUUUAAGUCAAAAUAGGCCUACACUGUUAAAAAUCACUGUAGUUUUGACAGUAAUUUACUGUAAUUCACUACAGUAACAUACUGUAUUUUUCAUUUUACGGUAUCAUACUGUAAAUAGUAAAAUAUACAAUAGUCUACUGUAUUUUACAAAAUGUUGACAAAUAUUUUACAGUAGCUUAGUAGACUACUGGAAAAUCGCGGCUUUCCAGUAUUUUACUGUUUUUAUCGAGCAUGAUGGGAUAGUGUGGCAUCAUCAUCAGUCAUCAUCAUCUUUGGCGCUCAAACUCGGUCGGCGAACAGCAGAUAACCACGCACAGUAUUCCAGAGCGUAAUGGAUGAUUUCAUAAAGAAUGCUAUACAGUCUGUAUUGCCAUCUCUGAAUGAGGAUUUGCUUAUGGCUGUGGUAGAGCGGUUGAAUGGCCAUGGUGUAGAAACUGAAGAGGACCUUCAAUUUGUGACAGAGGAUGAUGUAAAAGAUCUCCUAAAAACAAUUCAGCCCCGUAAACUAUUAUCUAGUUGGAAUAAGAAUGAUCCAUUUGCUAGUGUAAUGCCGAUAAUUCCCAUUGAUCUACCUUCACUAUCACCAUCCACAUCUUCUGAGAGAUCUUCAUCGGACGAUUCUCAAGCAGUACCUUCAAUAGUAUCACCUAAUAAUUCAUUUAUGAAUUGGCCAGAUGUAAUUGAUAUACCUUUUGAUAAAUUUCCUCAUGGUCUUAAAAAUGCACUAAGAUCAGGGAAUCGGCCAAGCCCGGCAGAGAGAAGACACAUGGUGAGAAUGGUCGUAGAUGUAAUGCGGACAUUUAAACCUAAUCCAAAUAAGGCACAGUGUGCAUCCGUGGCAAAAGCAAUCGUUGUGCAGUAUUCUGACAGUUUUAUUGACAAAACUGAUGAUGGAGAAAAACUUGGAUGUGGAUAUUAUUCACUGUUAAUGAAAAUCAAAACGCGUGUGGAACAUGUUAAUAGAAACAAUGAUGCAGCACGCAUGAGGAAGAAAAAAAAGAACAAUAACAAGGAAGUUGCAGCAGCUAAUGAACAACCAGCAGUUGACUCAUAUGGCUGCAUUAACUGGCAGCCAAAUAAAUUGCCUCCAGGUGAAACUGAUGAAACCUUGCAGUUCAAGAAGGGGGAAUUGAUUGACCACUAUGAGCAGUUUGGUCCAACCCAAUCCGACAAUGAAAACAUUGAGCAGCUGAUGAGCGACACUUGCAUCUUGCAGCGUAAAAUGCUUAACUCAAGAAAUCCAUCGCCUACCAUUCCUGAAUUAAGAAAGAACUGGCCAUACUUGUUUGUAGAGAGGGGGCUGUUUGCACAAUUUCAUAAAUUGACAGGUAUACCAAUACACAUGCGUUUAAGGGAGGCCAGACUAAAGAAAGGAAUGCGGAUAAUUUAAUUUUUUGAAAGUCAACCAAACCCAAAAAGAGGAGUAAGCCUAAUACUUGAACAAUUCCAGUCAGAGGAUUGUGAAAUGGUGGCACCAGCAGUUGUUUUGUUUUGUUUUGAAGCGGCUACCACAUUGGAGUUUAUACAAAGAUGUUUAAUACGUAUAAAUCCGGAGGCUGGGACGAAAUGCACUACUACAAAUAGGACCAGCAAGAAGACUGGUAGACUUGUACAAAGAAAAAGGGAGAUAAUUAAUCCUCAUGUUGCCACGUUUAUUAAAAACUUAGCAGAUUUUGAAUGGACGUCUGCUUAGGAAUCAAGAUAUGGAUGUCAGUAGAUUUAUAGAAAUAGUUUUAUGUACAUUAGCCUCCAAAUUUUUUUUUCCGCUAAUAUAGAAGACAUGCGAUGGGCUGCUACUAACUUUUUUUUAUUGGAUCUCUGAUCCCCUGAUCCUCAACUUACUUUAAUAAGUGUGGCCUACCAUGGGUGUAUACUGGAUAAUGUCUACCAGUAAGGAAUAUCUUUUAAAGAAGAGUGAAAUUUAUCAUGUGAAAUUUAUCAUGUCAAAUAAGUUUAAAAUAAUAUUUUGUUUUUUAAAUCAUAAUUAAUUUUCAAUUAUUUUAUUGUUUUCUUAUCAAAUGGUUUGGUUCCACUUUAUUUAAAAAAAAUAACCUUUGAUAUUAAAACUCUGUAAAUAUAUUGUAAAUUAUAAAGUUUAAUGUACUCUUUUUGUAUAUUCUCUCGGAAAAAUUCACUGAGGGGAGGCUAUUUUUUACUGUGAAGUGUAAAAGGAGUUUUUUAGUUUAUAGAUGGAUUCAAAUUACUGGCUGCCUGAUUUUGUGAAUUGCAUAUGUAUAGAGUUAUCAAUUUUCAUUUUUUUUUUUAUUGUUUUAUAUGUUGACAAGAGUUUAUGUAUUGUAGCAUCCUCUAAUAAACAUUUAUUACUACAAAGUUAAUCACGUAUUAUUUUCUUUAUUUUUGUAUGUUCAACCUAAAAUUUAGUGAAUAUAAUCAUCAUCCUCUAAAGUGAAAAUACAAUUGAAACAUUUAGU